CAAAUCAUCAAUUUAAUUUCGUGAUUACAAAAACCCAUCAUGUUCUAACGAGUCGCAGCUUUUACGUACACGAGAAAUCUUGAAAUAAAUAUUCGCGUUUUAUUUCAAUUAUUUUCACCCAUUAAAAGAGCUCAGAAUGGGGACUGGGCACUAUGCAAGAAAGAAACAACACAAGGGGGAUAAGCCACUGUCUACAAAAUACAGAACUCGUAGAAAAACAAAAGAUUUAGACCAAAUUCAUGAUGACAUGAAACCGGAAGUGAGUAAAAAGUUGUUAAAACAAGAUGUUGACCUUGAUUUACCUGGAUCUGGACAGUUCUACUGCCUACACUGCUCAAAGCACUUCAUCGGUGACAAGGCUCUUAAAGACCAUUUCAAGAGUAAGCCCCACAAAAGAAGGAUGAAAGCUCUCUCUGUAGAGCCUUAUACACAGGCUGAGGCUGAUAGGGCUGCAGGUAUGGGAUCCUAUGUUGCUCCGAAGAAGAUAAAACUUGAUACAUCUGCAACUGCAACAGACACUUCUAAAAUGGAUGAGACAGAUGAUGUUGAAGUAAAGUGAUAAUUGAUAAAAGGACUACAAGGGAACAUUGAUUCAUGGAGCAGCAUAAAUAGAUGGCAUGAGGACCUUAUUUGUAAAUAUAGAUAAAUAUUACACUUAUGUGUGUUCCAGAGCUCAUUA